AUGACGGCAGUCCAAGAUGGGAUUUACUGUAUCACUGUAACUCAAAGAUGCUUCAUCCUGCGGCAAAUCCUCUUUGGCUCGCAGUACAGAAUAGGGCAGCUAUACAUGAUCAGCAAGCACAGCUUCGAUCAGAGCGGAAGUGGAGAAGGAGUGGAGGUGGUGAGGAAUGAACCUGACAUUCAUCCUCAGCACGGCCCAGGACAGUUGACAGAGAAACGAAUCUACCUCAGCAGUAAGUUGCCAGGCUGGGCAAAGUCAUUUGCCCCGCGGUUCUUCUACGUGACGGAGAAGGCCUGGAAUUUCUACCCAUACACCAUCACAGAAUUCUCAGUAUCAUUCCUCCCCAAGUUCAGCGUACGUAUUGAGACACGAUUCGAAAACAACAAUGGCUGUAAUGACAAUGUGUUCAUGGACACGCCAACAUCUACGGAGAAUGUGAGUUACCUGGAUAUCCUGAGUGACCCCAUUCCUGAAAAACACUACAAAGAGUCAGAGGACCUCUCUCGCUGGCGGUCAAGUAAGACUCAGCGAGGGCCUCUGGAGGAGGGCUGGAGGGAAGACCACCAGCCCAUCAUGUGCUCUUACAAGAGGGUGCAGUGCAGUUUCGAAGUGUUGGGCCUCCAGACGAUGGCUGAGGAUUUCCUACACAAAAACAUCCGCGACAUUCUCCUGAUUGGUCACAGGCAAGCAGUCGCUUGGGUGGACGAAUGGCACGGGCUAAGCUUGGAGGAGGUGAGAGAGUAUGAAAAGAUGAUGCAAAAGAAGACCAACAGUAAAGUCAAACAAAACAUUGGUGCUCCAACAUCCACAGCUCCCAUGUUCUCUCGUUCCAUGUCGGUGACGGACGAACGUACCUUGAGGAAAAUGGGAAGCACCGAAACUUCGGUGGAUUCCAACGUUCCACAUUUGAGCCGACUCAGCUCCACCUCUUCUGAAUGA